AUGAAAGUUGAUCUUCGCAUUGAAGAGCAGCUUGAUGAACUUUUUUCACAGAUGGGUCUUACAGAGGAGCAAGUAAAUGAGCAGUAUAAGCUUCUCAUGGAAAAAAUAGAAGGUUUAUGUUGUGAUUUUCUCAAUCAAACUUAUCAAAAAGUAUGUGAUUUUAAAAACGAAGCAGAAGGAAUAGAAAAGCAAAUAAGAGAACUUGAAGAGUUUUCUGGUGUUCAAUCAGGUUAUAAAAUGAAUCCUUCAGCUUCAUUAAAUGAAAGAAUCGAUUCUGCAAAGGUUUAUUUAAACGAUUUAACAGAAAUUACUGCCACACAAAAGAACGAGUUCGAGCAAUUGUAUGUCAAACUCAAUACAUGCUUUAACAAAUUAGAAAUUACUGAACGAGGCGAAUUCGCUGAAAAGGGAGAUAUAUUCAGAUCUGAUAAAAUCGAACUAAUUAGCAAUAAAAUCAAUGAACUCGACAGCAUAAUUUCCGAAAAUGAAGAAAUUGUCAAUAAUCUUUCGAAGAAACUGACUGAACUUCAUAAUUUACUUGGAUUAGAGCAAUUUGUCAAGCCAGAAACGUGUGGUGAUCCUACAAUUGAAUCUCUUCAGGACGAAUUACAAGAAUUAACCGAUCAAUACAAUAAUAACUACGAAGACUCACAAGCAACGAUCAAAGAAAUACGUCGAUUAGAAAGACUUCUUGGCAAGCGUGUUAGUAGCCAGAGGAUUACAGUUUUCAGUGAUGCUGCAGUUUCAGAUUUACAUAAAAGAUUGGAUGAUUUGAAUGAAGAGAAAGAACAGAAUCUCGGACAAGUUGUUGAAUCGCUUAAAAAUGAAUUAUUACGUCUUUGGGGAGAGCUUAAUAUGGAAACUCCAAGUAAAUCUUCUUUCCCAUUCUUUUAUGCAUCAUCUCCGAACAAGCGUACUCUCAUUGCACUUGAAAGCGAAGUUUUGCGUCUUGAGAACCUCAAAGAGAGCAUUCAGCCACUUCUUGCCCUUAUUGCUCAAAGAGAUGAUAUUAUUAACAGUUACAAUGACCAAUCUGCAAUUGCAAAUGAUCCAGGAAGACUCACAUCAAGAAGAGGUGGUGUUGCAAGCAGUUUAAUGCAAGAAGAAAGAGUUAGACGUAGAUAUGCAAAUGAAUUACCUAAAAUCCACGAACAGAUGGUCGGAAUGCUUGAAGAUUAUGAAGAAACUUAUGGAGAACCAUUUAUGUGGAAUGGAGUUAAUCUUUUGGAAGAAAUUAGAGAAAUGCAAGAAAAGGAGCCUGCUUCUCAGAAGAUGAAGCGACAGACUAUCUCUAAUAAGACAAAGACAAGACAGAUUCCUCUUAAUCAGCGCGCGCCAUUUAUUCUUCCUGGAUAUAUGAAUUGA